UCCAUUUACACGUCAGAGAAACGUUAAGGCCUCUGUAAUACAGGAGAGAUAAUGUUGUUUUACUUGUUUUUGUGUAGGAAAUUUUUAGGUUUGCUGUACUUAGCACUAGCCGUGUGAAAACAGCGGUAGGCUGAUAAUAGGCAAUUAGUGGGCAACAUCACCGGCACACUAUGUCUACGGUGUUUCUUCACUUUUAGGGAUGUCACACAGCAAACGUGAAAAAUGGGUGCUUUAGUAUUGUACUUAAAACCCAUUUUUAGUCUAAUGUUUCUGUAUGUUGUUUCAAUUGCCUUAUUGUUGUAAAUUUACUUUUAUUAAAUCUCCAGUUUUGCGAAUUCUUGCAGUCAAUUUCUUUAAAACGAGACAAGUAUAUUAAAUGUUUACAAGUAGAGUCAGUGGACUUUCCCACCGAAAGCCAACAAAAAAGGGGAACUCCGGCGCUCCUAUAACGCUUGCAACUCACACACCCGCCCCAUGGUCUGUCAGUGUAAGAGUUUAUCUUUCUGAAAGAACGACUGUAACCCAGUACUGUGGAUAAGUCUAUUUGGCUUUCACAUCAAGUAAAAUAAGUCUGUGAGGGAGUUUAUCACUUUACUGGGGAAAUUUUGCAUUAUACCGGUGACUUUGACAUUUUAUUUUUUAGUGUAAUUAGUUUGUGUCUAGAGGUUUCUGCUGCCUCCUACUGCUAACCGAAUACUGCUGUGGUACUUCGUGGCGAACUGCUUUGAUAGUAGUUAUUGUCCUACUGAGCUGAAAAGUGGAGAUAACAGUAGAAGAGCAGAAGUGAAGUCUGUGUAUUCGUUUUUAUCCAGUGUUGAUGGAAAUUGAUGUUGCCAUGGAGCGAGCUGCGUUGCGCAGUCUUUCCUAUAAUCUAUCCACUUUGAUGUCAAGUGAAUUGGUGGAGUGCAUACUACAUUUCUUAUACAACACAAAAACUCUUACAAAGUAUGAGUGUACAGCCAUCAGAGCUAAGCCGUUGGAGGGGCAGAAGGCUACAGAGCUUGUUCUUACAGUCUGGCGAAAGGGAAAUCGAGCCUGCAUCAAAUUCUUCCAAGCCCUUGAAUGCUAUGAUCCAACUCUAAGUACAAAACUGACUGGAAGACCAGCAAAAUUGCCAACUGUCUCAGCUGCUGUAACUGUGGGAUGUAAUUCAUUACCUUUAACUUCACAAGGUGAAUCUCCUGACCCAUCUCUUGCUUUAAGAUGUCGGGCCAAGCCUGCAGCUGCUGAGGCAAAACCUGUUACCGCUUCAGGACACAGUGUGGUUCCCACAACAGCUUCUCAAGGUGUAGGACCUACUGCUGCAGCCCCAAGAACCACUUUGGCACCCACAGCAGCUUCUCAAGUUCCUUCUCCCUCGCCUGAUCCUUUUGCCAGUAAUGUGCCUGCAUCAUCUCAAGCAAUGCAGUCUUCAAUUCCCCCAAUGUAUGUAUACAUUAUGAAUGCCAAGAUGACUAACUGUAUUAUUGGGCAUGGAAGUCAACUGCAUAGAACAUAUGAAUCUGAGAGUAAACAGCAGUGUUACAAGACACCACAUGGGGAAGAGACAAGGCCACUUCACUUUGAAAAUCCUGCUUUAUCAAAUCACAUGGAUGCUAUCAGAACUUCGAAACCCACUGAACCACUUGAUGUGAAGAUUAUCAAUUCCGAAGUGCAGUGCAUGAUAGCAGGAAAAGAUGGUAUACUGCGGAUAGAAGAGGAAGUCAGUGAUGAGGAAAGUGGCUCUGAAGAUGAUAAUUUAGACAGCCCUACAGAGGAUCCAAGUUGAACAAAAGGGGGAAAAACUGCUAAAGGUUAAGAGCCCUUAUGGAGACUCAGCAUUCUGUUGGUUUGGAUCCAGUGUCAGAUAUUUGAAUGGGAAUUUCCAUAAUGAGGACAUAGUGCAAAGUUUGGACCUUCCACACAGUACUCAGAAUGCCGGUGUGACCUGCAAGCAGUGGGUUAUUUAGUGUUGUAAGGCGCUGCUGAUGUGAAAAAUCUGUGGAAGAAAAAUGGUCAAUAGCAUUCUUAUAACUUUGACUGGGUUUUUAUCAGUUCCUACCUGUUAUCCUGAUACAGGUGUUACUUGUUGAUUUGAGGUAUUAGGUAGCUGUUAACAUCCAGCAAAUAUAUGCAGAAAACGUAUUUAAAGGACCCACCCAUCAUGAAAACUAUUAGGAUCUAUGUAAUCAUGUUAAACUGUUGCUCUUCCAAGAGCAUUACUUAAGGAUCCAACAUUUUAAGGGGAUAAUCUAAACCCUUAUACUGUGUUUAAAAUGUAAUUUUAUUGAAAUAUUUAUUUUUAUAUAUUUAUUUAUUUGUAAAAUUAUUGCUAAGCAAAUGACACAUUUCUGUGUUUAAAGAGAUAUUCUUAGUUUUCAGACCUGCUAGAGUUUCUAAGAGCAAGCAUACGAGUUUGUGUAACACUGUGAUUAGCAGUAUUUCAUGCAUUUCUAGAGAACUAAUUGUACUUUUCUGCAAUCUUUUUUUCUGCAUAUAGAUUGUUCAGUCAAGAGUAUAGUAUGUAAGGUGUUCUUGAAAUCUGCAAUAUUGAACAGGUCAUCAGUGUUUCCAUUUUAAGCCCGGCUGACAGAUCAGCUUCUGAUGUUAUUGUGCCUGCCUUAUUACUAAAAUUAUUUUUAAAAGCAAUGUGCAGCACAUUAAACUGUAACAAGUGCUGCUAAUCCGUUACAUACAGAACAUGGCUUACAUUUCUUUGUGAAAUAUGCGCGUUAUAUAACACAGAGAUGUGCCUAUUUGUGAUUAUAUCAUUUCUGUCAGAGUAAUUGUUUUUAACAUAAGUGUGCAGUCAUUAAGGUAUAAGAGCUAGAGCUCUGGUUAAGCUGUGAAAAUGAAGGUAUCUGUUCAGUUUUGCUUGCUGUGGUCACUCCAUGCCUAACUAUUCCUGAGUGGUAUUAAGUUCAGGAUACUGCUGUUGGAAAAAAAAUGUUCAUGUGUAUAUGUAAGUGUGCCUGUCAGAGGGCAAGAUGGAGAAAAUGUAAUUUUGCUAGUUUUCUUUUUAUAUAAAAAAAAAAAGUGCUAGACUUGGACUAUGAGUUAUUUACUCACCAUUUUAAACGCUGACUCAUACCUUUGGGAGUUAAUGUUUUGGGACAGAUAACAGUAGUACUGGAGCUUAUGAUGUAGCUGGAUUAAUGCCAAGAGGUAUGUCCAUUUGCUGAAAUGUUUUGAGAUGGAAGGAAAGUCCGUUGUUGCAAAUAAUUCCACUUAACUGGAUCUUGAAACAUAACUAUGAAUCAGUGCAAACUUAAUGUGGUUUACAAUAAGAUGAUAAGACUAAACUUGAAUGUCUUGGGGAAAUUAGUGAACUAAAAUGUACUGGGUAAUUUUGCAUCAGGAGUCAUCACAUCUAUUUUGGACAAGAAUUUUGCGAAGGAAUUGUGUAGCCCUUAAGUGUCAACACCAAUGCUUACAUUGCAUCUCAAAAAUGAUAGUGAUCUCAGAUUCCAGGACAGGACAUUCAGCAUUAUAGUGUUACAAGUUUAAGAUCCAGUUACAGAUGUCAGAGAAGAGGAAGUCAACCACUUUUUUGAGGAUGUGUAGCAUUUUCUGAGAAAAAAAAACGAAAAGAGGUAUUACAUCCAUCUUAUGCAGUGAUAAAGUUGUAAUGGCCAAGUUUGGCCUUUGUGUAUGAAAUAAAGUGGGGCAAAGAGUAGUAAAAUGCCUCCCAAAUAAUGUUCUGGUCUUGGCAAAUGCUGUCCUUUAGUAGCCUAAGAGACUGAUUAAUUUGUUGCCACUCUGUGUCCGUGAAUUCGGGAUAGACUACAGUCUGGUAAGAACAGAAAAGCUGUAAAGAGUAUGUAAUGUUUAAUCACGAUCCCAAAAAAAUGCAGAUUUUAUGAUAGGCAAAGGGAAACACUGUCAGCCCAGUCUGCUACAUACCCCCUCCCAAACAAAAACUCAGUUUUUCCUUCUUUUAAAUUGGCAAGUCAAAAAAGUCUUGUACGCAGUUUUUAAUUUACGGUAUAAGCAAAGCUACGUUAUAGCGACCAUUACUUUGUGUCUUAUUUCCUUUUUAAAGAACCCUUUGAGUUUCAAAUUUCCAGCCUUCUAUUGCAGAUUUAUAGCCCUCAGUGGUAUGCUGUCUGUUAUUUAGCAAGAGACAUUCAGUUCUUAUGAUUCAGUUCCCACAUCACUGUUGUCCUUCCCACAGGUAUAUUAAAACAGUGGGUGGCUUUCUGUUAUAUUGCUGUGGUUUUGUACCACCACAACUACUGUGGCUGAAGUGCCUUUUUGUUCAUGCUUUUCUCUGUGAUGCAGCAGAUGGCUCCUAAUAGUAGAUUCUUAUCACAUCUUUAAUGCUUACAUAGACUUUCAAUUUGCUUUCUUCCUGCUUCAGUUUUUCUUUCCUUAUGCUGUUUGUACACAUACCAGUGCCCAUUAUCCAUUGUCUGUGAUCAGUAGAUGCAUGGCAUUAAAAAAAAGAGUGAUUCAUGGCGUUCAUCAGGCUCAGACUCUUUAGUGAAGAUUUAAGUUUGCUGUCCCUUCAUGCAUUUUUCUUUUCAAAAGUUUUCCUUUCUGCAUUUUCACUCCUGAUGUUGCAUUUUACAUGUUACUCUGUAUUAUUUCUUACCUUAGAACAUUCUGUGGAAUAUUGUUAAUUUAAUUAUUUUUUUAAAUGGCAUUCUUACUUGGCCUUUAUUGACAUAAAUGCAUUUUUUUCUGGACACUUCAUGCCUGCAUCAUUAUAAUGGCUUUGGGACCCGUUCUUGUUCUACACUGCUUCUGUACCCUUUCUGUAUUGCACUCUUAUCCAGACUCUCAAGGAUAUAUGCCUCUGUUGCAAGUGUUACUGUUUGGAUUGAUGUAUCAAGGUAUAUUAAUAUAGGUGUUACAUUUGAUUUGUUUUCUUCUAAUUUGAAGACCAUUGUGGAUCAUCUUUCUGGAUCCCAGAGAAAAGCAUGAUUUUCUUUUUGACUAGGAAGAUAGAAGUGGCUUAGAAUAUUGGGUGCCCAGAACCAAAGUUUAGUGCUAAAAUAUUUAUUUCAGCAAAAUAUAUUCCAGAACAUUAAGCCAAAGCCAGUACUCUUCAGCAUAUGCUUCAAAAAAGAAAGUAUAGUUGUGUAAAAUCUUACCAUAACGGUAGAUUUCCCUUGCCUUUAUUGCUGCAGUAUUCCUUACAAAUGGGGAUUCCCUGCCAUGAAGCCCACCGUUUGGCCAGUUUACCAAAGUCUACCAUUGCUUUAAGGUAUGCUGAAUGUCAGCUGCACAUUCCCUGCAGAGGGUAGGGCAUAAAGGUGAUGUUCAGGCAUACCAUCCUCAGAACUGAUUGCCACAGUAGGAACAAUAGUCCAAGGAAAACCAAAGAAAAAACUGCACAUCCAGAAAUGAAAAAAGACCAGGGGGAUGGAGGGAGGGAGUGAAUACUGCAGCGGUGAAAGCAAGGACAUCUACCAUUAUGGUA